CCCUUCACCAGCAUCACCGGUGGCCUGGGAUCUCUCUUUCUUCCAUCCAUCUGAGGCUUCCGGCUUAUUGGCCUCACCUGUUACUUUAAGGACGAUUGCUUCGCUGCAUUCUACUUACGCCAGUCGUCCAACAACCUCGAGUGGGAUCUUUUCCGCCGAGCGCGUCGCGCCCUUUGCGCUCAUUGUCCUAUCGACUGCGGUUUUUCAUUGCGUUUACGACCCAUAUCCGCCAAGAUGGCCGACUACGAAGAUGCUUACGAGGAUGAGUACUACGACGAUAUGGACGAGGGCAUCACCUCGGAGGAUUGCUGGACGGUCAUUUCGUCUUUCUUCGACACCAAGGGUCUAGUGUCACAACAGCUGGACUCUUUCGAUGAAUUUAUCUCCUCGACAAUGCAGGAGCUGGUGGAGGAACAAGGCCAAGUAACACUCGACCAAACUCUCCCUCCCUCCGAAGAUGAAGUCGAUCCCGUGGUUGUCCGCCGAUACGAGCUGAAGUUUGGAACCGUCAUGCUCUCUCGACCGUCCGUGACUGAGGGUGAUGGUGCGACCACUAUCAUGUUGCCCCAGGAGGCUCGCCUGCGUAAUCUUACAUACGCUAGUCCCCUUUAUCUCGGUGUUACGAAGAAGAUUAUGGAAGGUCGUGAACGUCUGGUCGCGGACCGAGAUGAGGAUGAUAUGGGUGAAUCGAAUGAGGAUAGAAAAGCUCACGGGACUUACCUGCAGUGGGAGCAGAAGGAGCUGCCUGCUGACCAGGCGAAGGAGGAGACCGUUUUCAUUGGAAAGAUGCCAAUCAUGCUCAAGUCCAAGUACUGUAUCCUCAAGGAUUUGAGCGAGCAAGCUCUUUACAACUGGAACGAGUGCCCUUACGACUCUGGUGGUUAUUUCAUUAUCAACGGAAGUGAAAAGGUGUUGAUCGCCCAAGAGCGCAGUGCUGGAAACACGGUUCAAGUCUUCAAGAAGGCACCGCCUAGUCCCACGCCCUAUGUCGCGGAAAUUCGGAGUGCUGUCGAGAAGGGAUCACGACUUCUUUCUCAGUUGUCCCUGAAGCUGUUUGCCAAGGGUGACAGUGCCAAGGGUGGAUUUGGUCCUACAAUUCGGUCGACCUUGCCUUACGUGAAGACCGACAUCCCCAUCGUCGUCGUUUUCAGAGCCCUCGGUGUGGUUUCUGAUGAAGAUAUUCUGAACCACAUUUGCUACGACCGGAAUGACACACCGAUGUUGGAGAUGCUGAAGCCUUGUAUUGAGGAAGGUUUCGUUAUCCAGGACCGCGAGGUUGCGCUGGAUUUCAUUGCCAAGCGUGGUUCUUCUCAGUCUAGUAUGAACCACGAGCGUCGUGUCAGAUACGCACGCGAAAUCAUGCAAAAGGAGUUCCUUCCCCACAUUUCUCAGAGCGAAGGUAGUGAGACCCGGAAAGCCUUCUUCUUGGGUUACAUGGUGCACAGACUUCUGCAGUGUGCCUUGGGCCGUCGUGAUGUCGAUGAUCGUGAUCACUUCGGUAAGAAGCGUCUCGACUUGGCUGGUCCCCUUCUUGCAAACCUCUUCCGAGUUCUGUUCACUCGUGUCACCCGUGACCUUCAGCGGUACGUGCAAAGAUGCGUGGAGACGAACAGGGAGAUCUACUUGAACAUUGGUAUCAAGGCCAGCACCUUGACAGGAGGUCUGAAGUACGCUCUUGCUACGGGUAACUGGGGAGAGCAGAAGAAGGCAGCCAGCGCCAAGGCUGGUGUAUCUCAAGUGCUCAGUCGUUAUACCUACGCCUCUACGUUGUCCCACCUUCGUCGUACCAAUACACCAAUUGGUCGAGACGGUAAGAUCGCCAAACCUCGUCAGCUCCACAACACCCAUUGGGGUCUGGUUUGUCCAGCCGAAACCCCUGAAGGUCAGGCUUGUGGUCUGGUCAAGAACUUGGCGCUCAUGUGCUACAUCACUGUUGGUACGCCUAGUGAGCCCAUUAUUGAUUUCAUGAUUCAACGCAACAUGGAAGUCCUCGAAGAAUUCGAGCCCCAGGUGACGCCAAAUGCGACCAAGGUGUUUGUCAACGGUGUUUGGGUGGGUAUUCAUAGAGAUCCUGCACAUCUGGUGAACACCAUGCUCUCUCUCCGUCGCCGGAACAUGAUCUCGCACGAGGUCAGUUUGAUUCGUGAUAUUCGUGAGCGAGAGUUCAAGAUCUUCACCGAUGCUGGACGCGUGUGUCGGCCACUGUAUGUCGUCGACAAUGAUCCCAAGAGCGAGAACUGUGGUUCACUGGUGCUUAACAAGGAACACAUUCGCAAACUGGAGCAAGACAAGGACUUGCCCCCCGAUCUGGAUCCAGAAGACCGCAGGGAGCGCUACUUUGGUUGGGAUGGUUUGGUGAAGUCUGGUGUCGUUGAGUAUGUCGACGCCGAGGAGGAGGAGACAAUCAUGAUUGUGAUGACACCAGAGGACCUGGAGAUCUCGAAGCAACUUCAGGCCGGUUAUGCCCUUCCCGAGGAAGAGCUGCACGAUCCCAACAAGCGUGUGCGUUCUAUUCUGAGUCAAAAGGCACACACCUGGACACACUGCGAGAUUCACCCCAGUAUGAUCCUGGGUGUUUGCGCCAGUAUCAUUCCUUUCCCCGACCAUAACCAAUCUCCUCGUAACACCUACCAGUCUGCCAUGGGUAAACAAGCUAUGGGUGUGUUCCUGACGAACUUUGACCAGCGCAUGGAAACCAUGGCCAACAUUCUGUAUUACCCGCAGAAGCCUUUGGCGACAACACGGUCCAUGGAAUUCUUGCGGUUCCGUGAACUGCCUGCCGGCCAGAACGCCAUUGUUGCCAUUGCCUGUUAUUCCGGUUACAACCAGGAAGAUUCGGUUAUUAUGAACCAGAGCAGCAUUGACCGUGGUCUUUUCCGCAGUCUGUUCUACCGUACAUACACGGACAGCGAGAAGAUGGUCGGACUCACAGUUGUCGAGCGCUUCGAGAAGCCUAUGAGAUCGGAUACGAUCGGUAUGAGAAAGGGUACCUACGACAAGCUCGAUGAAGACGGUAUCAUUGCUCCUGGUGUCCGUGUAUCCGGUGAGGAUAUCAUCAUCGGUAAGACGGCACCUCUGGCACCCGAAGCAGAGGAGCUCGGUCAACGUACCAAGGCCCACACUAAGUUGGAUGUGUCGACUCCUCUCAGAAGUACGGAGAACGGUAUUGUGGACCAGGUCCUGGUGUCUACGAGCAACGAUGACCUGAAGUUCGUGAAGGUGCGCAUGAGGACGACCAAGAUUCCCCAGAUUGGAGACAAGUUCGCCUCUCGUCACGGACAAAAGGGUACCAUCGGUAUCACUUACCGUCAGGAAGAUAUGCCCUUCACUCGGGAGGGUGUGUGCCCCGACUUGAUCAUCAACCCUCACGCCAUUCCCUCUCGUAUGACAAUCGCGCACUUGAUCGAGUGUCAGCUCAGUAAAGUGUCAUCGUUGCGUGGAUUCGAGGGUGACGCGACGCCUUUCACCGACGUUACGGUCGACUCGAUCUCCCGUCUCCUGCGGGAGCACGGAUACCAGUCCCGUGGCUUUGAGGUGAUGUACAAUGGACACACUGGACGGAAGCUGGUUGCGCAGGUCUUCCUCGGACCGACGUACUACCAGCGUCUGCGCCACAUGGUCGACGAUAAGAUUCACGCCCGUGCGCGUGGACCGACUCAGAUCUUGACGCGGCAGCCGGUGGAAGGUCGUGCUCGUGACGGUGGUCUCCGUUUCGGAGAGAUGGAACGCGAUUGUAUGAUUGCGCACGGAGCCAGUGCAUUCCUGAAGGAGCGGUUGUUCGACGUGUCCGAUCCCUUCCGGGUGCACAUCUGCGACGACUGUGGCUUGAUGACCCCUGUUGCUAAACUGAAGAAGGGACUCUUCGAGUGUCGACUGUGUAACAACAAGCACCGAAUCUCCCAGGUGCAUAUCCCGUAUGCAGCCAAGCUUCUGUUCCAAGAGCUGGCCUCGAUGAACAUUGCCGCUCGCAUGUUUACCAACCGGUCUGGCGUGUCCGUGCGGUGAGGGGGAGGAAAGAAGACUAUCCGUGUACAUCAGAUUCUUCUCUUCUGUGGUAUCUCUUCCGUCUUCUGGUGUUUUCUAUGCCUUUUUUUUCCCCUUCUCCCUCUCCGUUUCCUUUUCCCCACUGUUUUCUUUCCUAAUAAUUCUCCACCCCCCAAAACGUGUGAUAUCAACCGAAGACCAGACCGAUUCGGCAUUUUCCGGCGUACAGAGGACCAGAGGUUUAUGAUUUUGAUUCGAGCUUCUAUAUAUUGUUAUUUAUUUUUUUGCCUCCCCUCUUUCCUUUUUUUUGCUGACCAUGGUUGGAGGAAUGGCUGGUGUAAGCAGCGAUGUACUUGGAUGAUGAUGAUUUGUCCCUACGGAAUCGAAUCGAAAUUGGAUCUAAAGAAGCAGACGAAGAA